UACACCUUGGACCUUUGAUAAUCCAGCAAUAUCCAUGGGUUUUGACUGCUGAACUUCUGUCUAUAUAAUUGUUAUUUUACCAACUUGUUAUUAAUCAUAAUUUAUACUUGUCGUAAUAAAUUAUUCGCAGCUUUUAUCAUAAAUGAAACUUGAACAUUUCGAUCUUCUCGUUUGACAAGUAAAACCAUUUAGGAAAAAUAUGAUAACCGCUAAUAAUUUCAAGAGCUGUAAGGACAUGAACGACAUCUGUACUCCAAUUUCAGUACUACUAAGUGGCGACUGGGCAUUGGGCAAGUGGGCACUGUUAGACUGUAGACAGCUGUAAGUUUAUACAUCGUGAUAUACCGUACCUAGUCAUAACAUCAGUACAUCCAUAUUCUCAGUGAAGUCUGUAGCGAGCUAGGCUCAACAGCUUACACUUCUCUUUCACCGUACACAGUACUCGUACAAAUAGUGGAGUACAUACUUUUGGAACGAAUUUACAGCUUGUGAUCAAGUUUUUCUUCCCGUCAAGGAUAAUAAGGUAUUUUCAUCAUGUCUGUCACGAGUAAAGCAUUGGCUUCUUUGACCGCUACCUAUACAGAUUCAGAAGGUGAAGAAGAAGAAACUUUUGAGAAUAAUUCAAAUACUCCUAAAGAAUCUGCACCACAAAAUGAAGAUUAUCAAAUAUCCAACAGUUCUAAAUCUGACUCAUCUAACACAAAUAGUCCAAAUAAUAGCUUUCCUAACAAAAGUAAUAAUAGUUUUCCAUCAAAAGGACAAAGAUUAGUAUCAUAUUUUGAUGAUACUGUUGUUUCAGAUGAUGAUGAAAAUCCUUCAUCAAAUUCUGAUGGAGUUUUAUUAAAUGGAAAACAGCCUAAUGAAUUAGCUGAUCCACAAUCUCCUCAUAUUCAAGAAGAAGUUAUUUCUGAUAACGAAGCAGAUGCUUAUGGAGUGGUAAUUCCACCUGAGCCUGCUGUGAAAUGUCCAUCUGAAUUACAAGAUAAAAUUUUAAAUCUCUACAAGAGAAUGGAAUCAGGUCGUUCAGACAUGAAUAAAAUUAUUCAACACAGAAAAGAUUUCAGGAAUCCAUCGAUAUAUGAAAAAUUGAUACAAUUUUGUAGUAUCAAUGAACUUGGUACAAAUUUUUCAUCAGAUAGAUUUGAUCCUUUCAAAUGGGGUAAAGAAUCAUUUUAUGAAGAGCUUACAAAACAACAAAAAAUAGAAAUGGAAAAAUUAGAAAAAGCAAGAAAAGAAAAAACCAAAAUUGAAAUUGUAUCUGGUACAGCAAAAAGACCAAAUCCUACUCCUAUCACAGUACUAGAUGAUGAAGCUAAGAAGAGAAAAAGUAAAUGGGAUCAAGUAUCUUCAAAUGCAGCUGGAGCAGGACCUGUAUCCAAAUUGUCCAGUAUAUCUCAACCUACUCUCUCUUUAACUUCAUCCGGUACUAAAACUACAGUUAUAUCAGCUUUUGGUUCUUUGCCAAAGAAAAGGCUUUAAAAACGUCUUGUACCUAAAAUUAGUUUUAUAAAAUAGUUCAAUGUUUUGGAGUAAGUUAUUAUUAAAUAUUGAUAGACAAGUGUAUAUUUUAAUUUUAAAAUCCAUUUAUUACAUAAGAAAUACAGCUUUUAAGUUCUUUAAACAACUCUUAUAAUUUUUUUUUUUUUUUUUGACAAGUUAAUCACAGAUUUUAAGUCAUCAUUGUCUUAUGCAAAGAUCAAAACAAGUUAAUUUCAUUGAUUGUAUUAUAAUAAUUGAAAGUUUUAAUUAAAAGUGUUACUUCAGCAGUAUAAAAAUACAACCAAUGACAAAAAUUGUUUAAAAUUAAGUUUUUUUUAAAUCUGUAUAUUUCUUUUAUAAGAUUAUUGUGAGAUAUUAUAUCAGAUUAUAAAUAUCUGUUCUGUAAAUAUAUUUUGUAAAUAUUAA